AUGACGGAUGACGACAUGUUUGAGGCUGUCAAACAGGAACUCUCAGACAUGGGCAUCUCCGAUUCCGAGUUUGAAAACGAAGAGGAUGUGGAUAACUGUUCACAUUACUACCAAGACGAGGUCGGUGGUGUAGAAAAUCAGGAGAGCAGCAUCACCUUCACUGACGUCAGCCUUCUUCCUGCACCCACAGAAACAGAGGCACUUUUUACACACAAUGUGUCAGAGUGCCUUGACAAUGAAGAAGAAGUUGAAAGUGAUGAAUAUUUGAAGUUUGAACAACAUCUAGCCCUGGAACUGAGGGAGCUUGAGUGCUCCCAAAAAGAAGAGGAGGAGAGGAGAGGGAUGGAAUGCCAGGUUGUGAGAGAGAAGUGGCAGCAUGUGCAGAAGGAGAAAGAGGAGAGAAGAAGACUCAGUGAGAGAAUACUCAAUGACAAGUUGAGGAGCAUGGAGGAAGCAGAGAAGCUCUAUCUGAAAGAUGUUGAGAUGAAAGAGAAGCAGGUUAAGGGAAAACUUCAACAGGAGUUGCUCCAACAACAGGAGCAGAUCAGAAAAUUGCAAAGACAGGUGGAGGAGGAGAGAAAAACCUUUGAGGAGGCCCAGGAACAGGAGAGUAGGAGAGAGGAGAUGUUACAUUGCGGAGCUGCCACCACCAUCCAGGCUGCUGUCAGGGGCCUGCUGGUACACCGUUGGUCUCGGAUGGAACUCUGCCACAGAAGGGAAGAGAGACGUGAGGAGCAGCUGAGGAGGAUGAGGGGGUUGGAAGAGAGGCACAAGACAGAGCGGGAUGAAGAGAUGAGGAGGAAAGAGAUAGAACAGAAGCGGGAGAGGAGAGCGGAAUGUGAGAAAGCCAAGGAGGAGGAGUGCUCCUGCCUGGCCAGAGAACAGGCACUGAGGGAGGCAGAGGAAAGGAGGAAGGAAGAGGAGAGAAAAAUGAGGGAGGAGAGGACAAGGGUGGAAGUAGAGGGGGAAAAGCAAAGGGAAGAGGAAAAGAGGAAGAAAAGCAAGGAGAAAGAAGAGAAAAAGAAAAGCCAGAAGGAAGAGAAGAAGAAAAGGGAGGAGGAAGAGAAAAAGAAAAGGGAGGAGGAAGAAAGGAAUAAAAGACAGGAUGAAGACGAGAAGAAGAAAAAGGAGGAGGAACAGAAGAAGAAGGAAAGGCAGGUGGAAGAGAAGAAGAAAAGGCAGGAGGAAGAGAAGAAGAAAAGGGAAGAGGAAGACAAAAUGGAAAGGCAGGAGGAAGAGAAGAGGAAGAAAAGGGAGGUGGAAGAGAUGAAGCAAAGCAAGGAGGAAGAGAAGAAGAAAAAGGAGGAGGAAGAGAAGGACAAGAAAAGGGAAGAGGAAGCAAAAAAGCAAAGGCAGGAGGAAGAAAAGAAGAAGAAAAGAAAGGAGAAAGAACUAAUUGAUCAGUUCACCCAGGCGGCCCAUAGUCCGACUCUUUUUCUCCAUUUCUCUGCUACCAAUCUCCCCGGCAUCAAAGCCGGUGGAGGCAACAUUGAACAGAAUGGCCAGAAUAAAGCAGACGUUGGACAAACCUCUGAUGGUAAAACAGUGGAUGGGCGACAUCCAACAGGAAGCACGUCUACUGCUGCAACACAACCCAUGUGUCUACAGCAGUGUACGGAGCAGAAGAGGCUGUCAUGGAUGAGGGACUGCAUCCCCUGGUCCAAACUAGCACUCCUGAACAGGAGGAAGAGGAGUGUUUCUGUGCGAGGUAGGAGAAGGCCGAAGAGGGCCUCUGAUGCUGACAGCCUGCCACCCCUCUGCCCAGACUCACUGCUUCAGUCUGGGGGCUGGAGGUCUCUACAAGAGGUGACCACAGUGACCCUGGAGGACUUGCCUGGCUGUAGUCUGUCCACUUUGGCCCAAUGUGGCCAACUCCAGUCCCUCAUCGUCAGACGCUGUGGUCUGAAAGCCUUGGAUGGCCUCAGUCACUGUCCAAAACUCUACUACAUUGAUGUACAGGAGAAUGACAUCUCAUUUGUGGAUUGUGAAAAUCUGGCCAAUUUACGAGUACUUCGACUUGGCCACAACCAGUUGACAUCCAUCCAUGGCCUGGGUGGUGCUCUCAAUUUGGACAUUCUGGAACUCUCGUACAACUCAAUCCGACGCAUUGCCGGCCUGGAGGCUGUGAAGAGACUGCAGAGACUGUUGGUGGACCACAACCACCUCAUCAGUACCAAAGGGCUGAAAGAUGUGUACACUCUUCUUCACCUUGACUGCUCCCACAACCACUUAACUGGCGUGGAGGGCCUGGAGAACUGCGCUCUGCUCAACACCCUGGACUUGAGUGCCAACAACCUUGCCAAGCCCCCCACUCUGAACAAUCAUGUCCUCCUCAGAGAGCUGUGUCUCGAUGACAACAGCAUCUCCUCCCUGCAGGGCCUCGCUGACUGCUGGCUUCCCCUCAUCCAGGUUCUCUCUUUGGCCCAGAAUAGUGUUACCCAGCUGCCCCCCAUGUCUGACUUUAUUUCGCUAGUGAAUUUGAAUCUCAGACACAACUGCCUCUCAGACUUGAGGAAUGUUUGUGACAGCCUGGAAGGAUGUCCAUUCUUGCGAGAGAUCCACCUCAUAGGGAAUCCUCUCCUGAAGGAAAGUGGCUGGAGGUCGACUCUGCAGAGGGCACUGCCUUUCUUGAAGACCAUUGAUGCACAGGUGGCAAAUCCUGUUCCAUUGCCCCCUGCUGUCCAUGAUGGCAUGCUGCUCUCAGGCAGCUUCCUUGCCUUCUGUCAGGCACAGCUUCAGCAGACUUGUGCUUUACAGCAACAGCACAGCACAGAACUCAGGGUUGCCCCGUCGGCCCUUGAAGGCCCAAAAAUCUUGUGCCGACACUGCAAGGAGGCUCUGCAGCUGGCUGAGGAGCAGAGGUACGCCCAUGAAUAUGGCGACUCAGCUGUAUCAGAGAAACACGAGGACACAGUCCACACUGCAGCUGACCUAACACAUGACUGGGACGACAGUGACGCUGAGAGGCUUGGGGAAUGCCCUGAGAUAGCAUCCCUCAGGAGCAGUGAGUCGCACAAGAUUGUGCCGCUUCGUCUGACUGGGGAUGACGGCCGAGGCUGGUCUUUUCAGGAGAAUUUAACACUGGAGCAGCUGCCCGAUGAGUCAAAGAGCGUCACGAAGAUGGCGUUAACUCUUAGCAGCACCAACGCCAAUAGCUCCAGCUCACAGGAGAAUCCAACCCCCUCCCAUCUUGAAAAGGCACCCCUAACUCUCUGUCAAAAGCAGGAGCUCCAAAAUACAGCAGCGGCAGUGAUUCAGCAGCACUGGAGGGGAUACAGACAGCAAUGCAGGGGCAUCUGCAGCCCCCCCACAGCAGAAAGUGAAGGAGGACGAUCAGCUAAGGGAAGCAGAGUGACUUCAGGACCCUCCUACACCGAACGGCGCAUCCUUGGACAACACUUUGCUGCGACUGUCAUCCAGGCGCACUGGAGGGGCUACAUUCUGAGGAAGAGGCUGGCUUCUGCUCUGGCUUCAGGUGCUGCUUUGCACCCCGACGUUGAGGAGGAAGAGGAGGAUUGCUUUGAGGAAGUAGACUUGGAUGAAUUUGUCUUCGAUGAGAGCACACUGGAGGAAGAUUGGACAUGGCUUCUGUCAGACUCCCCUCCAAGAACCAGCCUCAUCUCAGACCAGCUGUUAUAUUUGAAGCAUCCCGGGGUCUUUCCGGAGCCCUCCGUAUACACACUUCCACCUCCGGUCUCACUGAAACCAAAGCAAGCCUGGGUGACUGGGGAACAAUUGGAAGAUACAAGACAAAGAGUUUCCCUUGAGAGCACCAACAGUUUCAGAUCUAAGUCUCCUGCCUCUACAUCGGUGCUCAGCAGUCUCUCCGAAAGAUCAGAGAAGAUUCUAGAGAACUGGGGCUUCACUGACAGUCACACAGCUCUGCUGAUGCUCAAGAGGGCUCAGAAGAUGAAAUCCAGGAAACUACAACAGAAGAAGCUGGAUCCCUCUGUUCGUCUGGCCCUGUUCAGCAACUGCACCACCCCACCUCACCAUUUGGAGGCAUACAAAAGACCUGUGCCAGACAGGAGAGAAUACUUAAAAGUGUCCUGGAGGAGGUCUCUGGAGGCGGAAGUGGUCGUGCUGGAGGCGGUUGGCGAGGCCGAGCCGGGCCUGCAGCCGGCAGGGAGAGCAGAGCAGAUGCAGCUGAGGCAGGACCGUAUGUACCAGCAGCUCAGCACCCAGGCUGCCUUCUCUGACAGACACCCGGCAUGCGAUCGUUUCCUGCCCAAGAUGGACCCAGACAUUCUGAACGGAGGCAGAGUGCAGCUCGUGGACUCACAUUCCAAUUUGGGCUGGUGGACACACCAUACAGAAUACCAGCUGUGCAGGUAUUUGGAGCCGGGUCAGUACCUGAGAUGUGUCCUCAGGGCCCACCCCAACCCACCUCUUCCAGAGCGUCCUCCCCCGCUGUUCAGUUCCCUGUGUGGGGCGGCUGCGGAGACCGCCAGCCUGCCUCUUUACACGUGGAACGCAUCAUUCCCUGUGGAGGAGGUGCCAGCUCCUCAGAGGGCAGCGUCUGCUCCAGCCAAGAAAGAGCGCAUCUCCUUUCGGGACAACCCAGUCCAGAUGAGUGGUGGCUGGGGAGGGGGGAAGAAGAGGGACAAUGUUUCAAAGUAA